GUCGACAUCGUCACCUGCACUUCCACCUCGAUGUUGACGGCAUCCUCGACGGUGAGAUUUUCCGCGAUGAGCUUGCCUUUGUCAAUGGACUUUGCCUUGUGAAAGAUCUUAUCAAUCAGUUUUGGACGGCAAUUCUUUCCGAACGGUUUCUUAGGAAAGGUCUGCCAUCUUCGCGACUGUCUCUAUCACUUGGCGGCUUCCUCUUUUACUUGGCAAGAAGACCACUCGACACUCAGCCAAUCCUUCUCGAGUCUCGGCAGGCCAGUUAUGUCCUUGUCGCAGGCCCGGCCAAGAGAUUGGCACGGGAGAAAGAAAAACGAUGCUCGGCGGUAGCUCUGCACGAUCUUAUCAUAUAAGAUGCUCGCCCUGAUCAUCUAAUCAAUCACAUUGUCUCACUCCCUACUUCGUCUGUACCAUUUGCAGCUAUGUGGGACCUUGGAGCCAAACUUUGGGCCAGCACGCCGGCUGCUGAACAGGAUGACGCUUCGGUCAGCUACUCCCCCGAUGUCACUAACAGAGGGGAAGAGAAAGGGUUGCCCAUCGAGAACAGUUCCUCCCAGCCAGACGAGAGUAGCGAAGUGGACAAAGAUAUUCAGGAUGGUGUACGCGAGAUCGAAGCCGUCACCUUGGUUUGGGAUACCAAGUCGCUGAUACUGGUCUUCUUCUUCAUCUACGCAAUCUACACAGUCGACUCCAUGCACUCUACAAUGUCGUCCGCGUUUACAGCUUAUGUCACGAGCGACUUCUCCCUGCAUUCUCUUACCGCAACUACCGGCAUUCUUUCGAACAUCCUCGGAGGUCUCUCGCGCUUGCCUCUCUCAAAGAUCAUCGAUGUAUGGGGUCGUCGUGAGGGUUUUGCUGUGAUGGGAGUCUUCUUGACCAUUGGUCUUGUCAUGAUGGCAGCUUGCAACAAUGUCGAGACUUAUGCUGCCGCCCAGGUCUUCUACUGGAUUGGCUACACGGGCAUCCAGUAUAUCGUGGCAGUCAUGAUUGCAGAUGCUACAAGCUUGCGCAAUCGUGGAAUUGUAUAUGGUAUCGUCUCGACGCCCUACCUCUUCACCACCUUUGCUGCCGGUCCGGCUGCUACGAAUUACAUCAACGGACCAGGUUGGCGAUGGGGAUUUGGCACUUUCGCCAUUGUCACACCUGUCAUGUGCUUGCCUGUGUUGCUCAUAUUCACCUUGAAUAAGCGAAAGGCAAAGAAGUUGGGCACCUACAAGGCAAGACCGAGCAGCGACCGAACCAUUCUCCAGUCACUUAAGCAUUACGCUAUCGAGCUUGAUGUCUUGGGCUUGCUCUUGAUCUGUGGCGGUCUUGCCCUCUUCUUGCUCCCCUUCAGCUUGUACUCCUACCAAGCCAAGCAAUGGCGGUCGCCGAUGAUCAUCUGCAUGCUGGUCUUUGGUAUCAUCAUUCUCAUCCUCUUUGGAGUUUACGAAAAGUUCUUCGCCCCCAAAAGCUUCCUGCCCAUCGCAAUGCUUUCCAAUCGUACAGUCCUUGGUUCUUCCAUUUAUGGUGCGUUGGCCUUUGUCAGCUUCUACAUCUGGAACAGCUUCUUCUACUCUUUCCUGAUCGUUGUGAAUGAUCUAUCCAUCUCCAAGGCUGUGCUCAUCCGCAACAUCUAUACUCUCGGAUCCUGCUCUUGGGCUCUUAUUGUCGGUCUACUCAUCAGAUUUUCUGGUCGAUACAAGUGGCUCGCUCUUUACUUUGGUGUCCCUCUGAGCGUUCUCGGUGUCGGGUUGAUGGUCGCAUUCCGCCAACCAGACGUCAACAUUGGCUUCAUCGUCAUGUGUCAGAUCUUCAUCGCGCUGGGUGGUGGAACAACUGUCAUCUGCCAGCAGGUUGCGGUCAUGGCUGCCGUCAGUCAUCAGGAAGUCGCCGUCGCACUCGCCAUCCAGUAUGCAUUCACCAGCAUCGGAGGCGCUAUCGGAAGCUCCAUCGCAGCCGCAAUCUGGACGGGCGUGUACCCUGCGAGACUCCAGGCCUAUCUUCCCGCCGAGUCUCAGGCCAACUUCACCCAAAUCUAUGGCAGUAUCGUCGUUCAGUCUUCGUACGAGAUGGGCAGUCCGACCAGAGAUGCCAUCGCGCGCUCUUAUGGUGAGGCUCAACGUUACAUGCUCAUCGCCGCUACCAGCUUCCUUGCCGUUGGUAUUUUCGCCGUCAUGAUCUGGCACGAUAUCAAUGUCAAGCAAAAGAAGCAGACCAAGGGCCAUGUGUUCUAAAUUCUGUCACGAGCACUUCAAAAGAUGGGUCGGGUUCGGUCGGUUGUCAUGAUCUGUUAGCGACAGACUUGAUUUUAGACAGGAUAAAUUGCAGGACUAGAUCUACUGAACGUCAUCUGAAAAAUGAAUAACAAACAGCAUAAACUACCAGUUAAUCAGACCAACCCC